AGUCAAACGUAAGCUGCCAACCUUCAAACAGGAAUAAUACUUGUUUUUGUUUGUGUCCAUGUUCCAUGUGGACUUUUAAAAAUGUACUCUUAACGCUGUUUGCUCACUUGGAAUAUGUUAAACGUCUAAGUUCUUCCUGAGAAGGAAAGUCACAGUGAAGGAAGCAGACUGUUGGUUGCUUCUGAAAAAGAGCCAAAGAACUAAACAAAUGGAGACGGAGAGCCAGCAGUGGUCAGGGAGCCAAAGUGAUGAGGACAGUGACUCAAAUGAGAAUCUGUGCGGAAUCGCUGAGAGCUGGUCCACGGACCUGACUCACCACCCCCAGCUUGAGACUGACAUGGAAGCGGUCAGGACUUUGUAUUCAGACUCCGCAGCCUCCAUCAGGGAAUAUGGAUCAAUUGACGAUGUGGAUGUUGACUUAAACAUAAAUUCCAACGUUUUGGAUGAGGAAUUGGCCAAGGCCUGGAGCAUUGACCUAUCAGAGCCCAUCGUUAUCCGCCUGAACUUUUCUCCGUCCCAGUAUCUCGACGGACCGGCGCCCUCUGUCAAAGUCUUUCAACCAUCCAACACCCAUAAUUUCAGCCUCAGGAAACAAUUACAGAAUGUUCUCAAAGUCUUCUUGUCUCGCGAGUGGAAACAUCUGACCAAUGAGAACGUUAUUGUCAGACAGAAGAGAAGACACAGCUGGUUCAGGCCAAGUGCAAACAUCAAGAAAUUUCGGGCAAGACUUAGCAUCUGCCUCCCACCGUCCAAGUCCAGUGAGCUACCGGAACCUGCUCUGCACGCCAGGGUCAUUUCGCCAGCGAUGAACCGCUUCACUAAUCACACAACGUCCUACGCCAUCAAGAAUCCCACAGGAGAGCUCUUCACCUACACACCCGGCGGAAAGAGGGUGGCGGUGUCAGCAGUCAAGACAUCCGCACAGCUUAGUACCAAACAGCUGAUGGAGCUGCUUUUCUCCUCCAAGGCCAUAGGGCACUGUAAGACCACCCCACCUCUGCAGCAUGGCUUCUUGGUACAGAUAAUGAGGUACGCUGAGCAGAGACUCCCCACGCUUAACGAAUACUGCGUUGUCUGUGAUGAGCGACAUGUGUUUCAGAAUGGCCCUUUGCUAAAGCCAGCAGUUUGCACCAGGGAGCUUUGUGUGUUCUCCUUUUAUACGCUGGGUGUUAUGGCUGAGGCUACGGAGGAGGUUGCCACCGGUGCAGAGGUGGUUGACCUGCUGGUUGCCAUGUGCAGAGCUGCUCUUCAGUCUUCACGCAAGAGCAUCAUAUUUAAACCGUUCCCCUCUGUUGUUGAUCCGUGCAACCCCAAAACCCUGGCCUUUAGUCCUAAGAGAAAGAGCUACGACAGGAUGCAAAAAGCGCUGGACAGUGUUUUGUUAAUCAGGAGGAUGUCACAGGGACCUUAUUCUGAAAUAAAAAUGCAGAUGGACAAGAUAGACCCUCUGGCUCACCCCUUACUACAGUGGAUUUUAGCAAGCAACAGAUCCCACAUUGUCAAGCUUCCACUGAAUGGGCAACUUAAGUUCAUGCACACACCCCAUCAGUUCCUGUUGAUCAGCAGCCCUCCGUGCAAAGAAGCUCGGUUUCAAACUGCCAAGAAGCUGCACGGCAGCACUUUUGCUUUCCAUGGUUCCCACAUCGAAAACUGGCAUUCUAUUUUGAGAAAUGGACUGAUUAAUGCAUCGCAUACAAAAUUACAGCUUCAUGGAGCUGCAUAUGGAAAAGGAAUCUAUCUUAGCCCCAUCUCAGGCAUAUCAUUUGGAUACUCUGAGAUGGGUAAAGGGCAACACCAAAUGCCAACCAGAGAAGAACUCAUAAAUAAACCCAACCAACCACAGGAGCAGCAAGGGCCAGCCAGGUUUCUGCAAAACAGGAAUCUAAACUGCAUCGCUCUCUGUGAAGUUGUAACUUCAAAAGACCUUCAAAAACACAGGGACAUUUGGGUGUGUCCUGUAUCCGACCAUGUGUGCACGCGUUUCCUCUUUGUGUAUGAGAACGGCCAGGUAGGAGAUGUCCACAUCAACACACAGGAACCCACCAUCCACGAGGACAUCUUACAAUCGAUUGCUAUACACUGUGCCGAGAAUGCUAGAAAUGAUUUAUGAUAUAAACUUCAUGUUGACUGUAUAUUUCACGUUUUUUUUAAACAAACUGGAAAUAAAUUUGUUUCUUUGUGGCUAAACUUGGCUCAAGUGAACAUAAAAAACAAUGCUUUUUGUUGCGUUCAUUAGCUUUUGUUCGAAUGAUUAAGAAACAACAACUAGACAAUACCACCACUAAAUGGAUUUGGGCAUCACCUUCAACUGUGAGAACAUUUGGUGUAUUCUUUCCAACUUUCUUAUUUGCCUUAUAUCAGAAUUUAAAGUCUGGGGUCAUUUAAAUGUGUGUCCGCUCUGCAUUUUACGCAUAUAUUUUGUACAUUUUGUACGAUGCAUUCUUUUUUUAAUAAAAGAUUUGGAAUAUCUAAUUUUGUUAAACAGAUCAAAAAUGUUACUUCUACAGCUCCA